AUGACUAUCUCACCGGAGCCGCAACCAGGCCUGGCAGUCCUUUUUGCUAGACAGGCAUCAUCAAGCGGCCCAAGGUCUGCCAUUGAAGACGAAACUGAUGUAAUCACAUACACCGAACUUCAUUCCAAGGCUAUCUCUCUGGCCUGCCAGAUACGCAAUCUGAAUCCCGCAGAUACAUCGCCUGUUGGAAUCCUCAUACCACGAAGCCUCAGCCAUGUUCUGUCCCAGGUAGCCUUGGUCUACGCAGGAAGGGCAUGUGUUCCGCUGAAUGAGAAGCUUCCCGACUCUCAUCUCGAGCGUAUGCUAGCGAACCUGGGCACGACACUGGUCAUCACUGAUGCUGCCCACCAACACCGUCUAGCAUCCUGGCAGCAUCUCGUUGUGGACCAUCGGGACAUCUCAGCUGAUGGUCACGAGGAGUUUGAAAUUUCUCAAGUUGGGCCCGAUAAUUGCUCCCAUGUACUGCACACAUCAGGGACGACGGGUCAGCCCAAGGCCGUGGAGACCGUGGCUCAAGGCAUCAUCAACCUCUCAUUCGAUCCAAUCGAUCUAGUCAAGCCUGGACAACGCGUUGGUCACGGCACUAGCGUCAUCUUCGACACAAGCCUGGUCGAGAUUUGGGUCUCGUUGCUGCGAGGUGCAACUAUUGUCGUAAUCCCAAUGGCGACGGUGCUUGAUGCCGCCGCACUGAGCGUCUUCAUUCGUACGAAGAGGCUCGAUGUCCUCCAGCUCACCACGUCAUUGCUUUCAGUGACAGCCUUUGCAUGUCCUGGAGCGUUUUUGACCCUGGAUACUCUUCUCACCGGUGGAGAAGCCAUCAAUUGCCAGAGCAUCAAUUCUAUCUUUGAUGCAGGAGCUCCGGGUCGCAUCAUCAACGGUUACGGCCCUACAGAGGCCAGCGUCUAUACGUUGAUGCACGAGGUCUCCCGCGAAGAAGCCCGAAACAACCAGAUUCCUGUUGGCAAGCCAUUAGGAAACGUGGAAGUGUUUGUUGUCGGAGAAGACUUCCUUCCUGUCAAGCCUGGCGAUGUCGGCGAACUGCUCAUCUGCGGUGUGGGCGUCGCCAGGGGCUAUAUUGGAGAACGCAUGAAGACAGCCAAGAGCUUUCUCCAUUUGCCCCAUCUCCCUCAGAAGUUGACCCAGGGACCGUCCCGCGCAUACCGGACCGGUGAUCUGAUGCGAGCCAACGACCAGGGCAUUCACCAAUACAUUGGCCGCAUCGACAAUCAAGUCAAGAUCAGGGGCCAGCGAGUGGAAUUAGAAGCUCUAGAGGCCACCUUGCUGCAGACAAAUUUAGUCAACGCAGCGGUGGUUAUCAAGAUUACGCCGAAGGAAGUUGACAGGGCUCAGUUCCUGCUUGCUUAUUGCAUUCCAGCUGCUCCCGACGUCACACCCGCAGCGAUUUUAAAAUCCUAUCUAGAUAUCGCCCCUCACUUGAUGGUUCUGCGCGUUAAGCUCAUUGAUAGCCUCCCUUUGAUGGCAACAGGAAAGGCGGACCGGAAACAAUUGGAGAAGCUCCAUGAUGAGGAGCUCGCUCAAUCCCGAAUCAAGGCUGCCGAAUCCCAGGUUGGUAGCCGAGACGUUGCCGCGGAGCUGGAGUAUAUCUGGAUCGAUGUCUUGGGCCUGCCAGUUGAGCGUCUUGCUCCCACGGAUGAUUUCCUGGAAAUGGGUGGGUCAUCUCUGAUGGCCGCAACGAUGAUCGCCCGCAUCAACCAGACGUUUGACAUCGGCGUCCGAUCUCAGAUGCUGUACGAGAACACCACGCUUGAGAAAUUCACGCAAAUGGUGACCAAUGUGCGCAAUGGAUCCGACCAAACCGAAACCCUUGCCGCGCAAGAGAUCUGGUGGAAUGACUCGCAGCUUGGUCGAAGCCUGCGACCAAAGGAAAUGCCUAUCCCUCAUUGGCAGGAUUCAUCUGAAGGUCGUGUUUUCGUUACAGGUGCUACAGGAUUUGUUGGAGCACUCCUACUAGCAACCCUGGCAGCACGAUCAAAUGUGAAACAGGUAGCCUGCUUAGUGCGAGCCGCAGACAAAAACUCAGCGACGCGCCGUAUCCAGGAGACUUUGGACAAGUACCAGCUCAGGGCGGAUCUGGAAAAGGUCAUCGUGCUUCCAGGGAGCUUUGCUUUGCCGAAGUUAGGACUGAGUGAGGAUGAUUACGACUUCUACGCCGAAUGGUCCAGCGUCGUGUUCCACUUGGGUGCCAAAGUGAGCUACGUAGCACCCUACUCGUCCCAUCGCCAGGACAACGUCAUUGGAACCAUGAACAUGCUUGACUUCGCCAACCACAAGCGGCUCAAAGCCCUACACUAUUCUUCGACAAUAGCUGCGUAUGGUCCAACCGGAUACGUCACAGGUGCCAAGCUCCUACCAGAAGACGAGCGUCCAGCAGCUCACCUGGCUGCCUUGCCCUAUGAUACAGGCUACGCCCAGAGCCAGUAUGUCGCCGAAGGUAUCAUCUGGGCCGCAAUCGACAAUGGUUUCCCAGUGGCGGUGUAUCGACCCGGAUUCGUGCUUGGCCACAGCAAGAUGGGAAUUUGCAACGGCAACGACUUUGCCUCCCGACUUUUCACUAGCUGCAUGGAGAUGGGGACUUACCCGAUUCUCCCCGACCAGCGUAAAGAAUUUGUUCCGGUGGAUUUUGUCGUCAAUGCGAUACUGCAUAUCUCUUCUUCGCACACAAAUCUUGGGCAGGCAUAUAAUCUGGUGCAGCCCGACCUCAAGAAUGCGAUCGACAUCAAUACUAGCUUCGAUCUACUCAAUAGGAUGAUACCCGCACCCCUCCGCGGCAUCCCCUACGAAGAGUGGGUAAAUUCGCUAUCAAUGCGGUUGAAUGAUCCUUUGCAUCCGCUCACUCCAAUGCUGAAGGAAAAAGUUUUAGCAGACAAGAGUCGCUGGGAAGUCUACGAGAACAUGGCCGAGUACGGUCGCGUGAAUAUCCGUCGUGCAUUGCAAGAUGCGCCUCACAUUCUCCAUCCCGGAUCAAUUCAGGACCUCUUUCUUCAAUCACUGUCUAGCUGGAUUCCUGACCGGAAGGAGCCCAUUGUGAAGACAGCCGAGAUCCAUGUUCAUGAAAAGGAAGCUAUCCAGGUGUAA